GGCAGGAUCAAGCUCAAAUCCAGAGAUCCUUCGGUGUAUCCAGACAUAAAUCCAAAUUAUUUCACCCACAAAGAAGAUAUCCAAACAUUGACGGAAGGAAUCAGAAUUGCUCUGAACGUUUCAGCUUCGAAGGCGUUUCAACGGUUCAAAUCGAGACCUCACAAAAUUCCUUUUCCAGGUUGCAGACAAUUCGCCUUCGACACUGACGAAUACUGGGAAUGCUCCAUCCGACAUUUUACUUUCACCAUCUACCAUCCAACAUCCACCUGCAAAAUGGGACCGGCAUCUGAUCCAGACGCUGUUGUGGACGCAAGACUCCGAGUAUACGGAAUAGGAAAUUUGAGAGUGGUGGAUGCUUCCAUAAUGCCAACGAUAGUCAGUGGCAAUACCAACGCCCCAACCAUCAUGAUUGGGGAGAAAGCAUCGGAUAUGAUAAAGGAAGAUUGGGGGGUCAGUGUUAGGUAGCGUUGAUUUCGUCAACCACUGAAGAGCGGAAACUAGUCAACAUGUGUAUAGUUAGAUAUAGGUAGUUUCUAGGCUGGAGUUCAAAUUAACACCAACACGAAAAGACAGUUAUUCAAAGACACUUCCAGUUAAAAAAAGACCCAUCAUCGCUACAUUGGGUUCCCCAGUGAGCUGUUUACGGUAUUUUAGAAAAGGAAAUUUAUCAUCACAGCAUUAAAACAAUACUAUAAUCAUUGCAAAAUUAUUGAAUCA